CUGUUCCCUAUCGCAUUCAUCUCGAUCGGGGAUCCCUCGUUUCUCUGGAUAAUGGAAUGGAUAGCCCAGGAUCCGGAUGCUCAAUCCCAGAUCAAGCACUUCGUACUGUCUACCUCGUCGGCGCGAGAUGCCAAGCGAGGCUCGCAGAACAACUUGCGUGCCGCUGCGCACCCCAAUCGACAGGUAUCGGUCAAGGGUGACCUCCGCCCAGCGAACGCUACCUUCAUUUCGGACAACGUCAUUGGCAAGAUCGUGCCCACUAUUUACCAGCAGAUACGGAUCACGUUCCAAGGUCACCAUCUAUGGGUCACCGGCAGGACCGACGCGUACAGCCGGGGUAGAGUCACCUCCGACUAUAUGGAGAUAAGAACAUGGGUCUGGAACCGACACGCUCUGAAGAGCUUCCUCUCGGCUGCUCACGAGUGGUUCCAUUCCAAGCAGGAUCACGAGCUUCUCGUCUUUCAUCAAAGUUGGCUGAUGAGCAGUAUGAGAUCGUGGCAGACCCCGGUGUCUCGUCCGGUACGACCCUGGUCGUCGGUCAUCUUGCCAGGGACGGUCAAGCAGGACCUCCUGUCCGACAAUCAAAGGUUUCUCAGCGACAAGGAGAUCGCAUGGUACGCGGCUCGAGGCAUCCCUCAUCGCCGAGGUUAUCUGCUUUAUGGCGUGCCGGGAUCGGGGAAAAGUACACUCGCCACCGCCCUCGCAAGCGCUCUCAAGCUUGACAUUUACAUCGUCAAUCCGAGUCAGCAAGGCAUGACAGACUCCAGACUUUGCAAGCUCUUCCGCGACUGUCCCGCUCGCAGCAUCAUCCUCAUUGAAGACAUUGACUGCAUCUUCCCCUCCAAUCGCGGCCGAAGCACUCUUAUCGUCGGAGGCGAUACGGAGGGCGGCGAAGAGACCAGCUCCGUUGCUGACUUUGAUGUGGAAGCUGACACACCCACUGCGAGCCCUCAUGUCGCUGGUGGUCACGAUCUCGCUCCUUCAACAGUGACUCUCUCUGGCUUGCUCAACGCUAUUGACGGAGUCUCGAGCCAAGAGGGCUGUGUUCUCAUCGCAUCAACCAACCACCCUGAGCACCUCGACCCGGCUCUCCGUCGUGCUGGCCGCUUUGACGUCCAGGUCCCCUUCCACCACGCCAUCCACUCGCAAGCGAACGGCCUCUUCAGGCACUUCUACCCACUCUCCGACUCAGAGACCGAGGACGCGACAUCCGACGAGAAGAACCCGAUCACGUCAGCUGCUCAGCUCGAACAGCACGCCUCUGACUUUGCAGACGCCGUCUUCCCCAAUCACGACACCGCGGCUCUGGCUCUGACCGAUAUCAAGACUGACGGGAUCAGCAUGGCUGCUCUUCAAGGCUACCUUCUCGGCUUCAAGGACGACCCGCUUGCGGCCAUCGCGGAGGCGCGAGCUUGCGCCGAGGGCCACAGCGAGCAGAAGGUACCGAGGAAGGUUGUGCUGUCUCCUGCUCCGCCGGCGAAGGCAAAAGGAGCGGCGAAGGCGCCAAAGAAGAAGACCGGGAAGAUGGCGCCUUCGGUGCCGACCCCGGUCUCGGCUGAAGAGCAAGUCCUGGAGUCAGAAGAUUGA